AUGGUUGUUUCUGAUUCGGAACCGGAAUUUGUUGCAGAAACUCAACCCACUCGAGCAGCAACUAAAAGAAAAGAGAAGGCGGAGGCAAAAUGUUGGGAACCCUUGGAAGUGUUAGUGUUGGCACAAUCUUGGAUCGAUAUUUCAGAAGAUGCGACGGUUGGAAAAGACCAAAAGCAUGACCGUUUUUGGAUUCAUGUUUUACAUAGGUUCCAUAAAGGAAUGAACCAUGGAGAACACCGUUCAAAACAUCAAGUUUACUUGAAAUGGGGGAAGAUGAACAAGGAAGUCAUGUUGUUUAAUGAUUUGUAUAACAACAUGAAACGUCAAUGGAAAAGUGGAGAAAACGAUGAUGUGAUUUUGAGGAAAGCGUUGGAAGUGUAUCAAAAAGAAAACCCGAAGGCUUUCAAGUUUCUUGAAUUUCACCACCUUCCCGACCAAUGGGAAGAGACAAAGCAAAAAAGCAAAGGCAAAGGCAAAGGCAAAGCGUCAGAUUCAGAUGAAUUGAAAGAAAUGGGGGCCGACAUGAAGGGUAUAAAAGAUAGAAUGAACAAGAUUUUGCAAAUUGCUUCCGAAAGGGAGUUGCGGAAACAAAGGGACAGCGACAUGCGAAUACUAUCGUUGGAGACGUCGCAUAUGACCGGGGACGAGCUUCAAAUUAUUUCGACGAUGAAGGAGGAAGUGAAUAAACGUUACGCAAAUCGUGGCUAA